AUGCUGCCUUCCGGCGCUAUAUUCACAUCCACCGUCUUCGGAACCGACAAGCCAGAUGCUAUCUGGACGAAGUAUGGUUAUCACAUGGUUGCUUUCAUUUCGCCAACAGAGCUCGAGUUUGGCGUUAAGAUCGCAGUGAAGACUCCCAUAGGUAAGACUUUGGAUUGUGGCUUUACAGUUGGCAUCUGGGAGACUCCUUUUCAUGGCGAGCAGCUCAACAUCAUCCAAGCUCAAAGCCGCACUGUCAAGUACUUUGAAGGCAUCUCUCUGUCGCUGGAAAACACAUUGCCGUCGCGGUAUCGGCGACAAGCCCGCCCCUCGCGCGCAGAUAUACCGUCGCCGGUCUGGAGAACGACCAACACGCGCAGAUCACGCAGCGUACUUUUUCCCCGCCCGCUGCCGCCACAUCGAAAACCGACAGCAUCAUCCGUGCCGCGCGUGAUCGGAGGAGGCCAAACAUCGCGGCAGGCUACCAGGCAACACUCCUCCUGCAGGCUCGACUUACAUGACCCAGUCAGCCGCGGCCGCCCGGGGUGGGAAAGAAAAGCGACACAGAUCAACAACAAAGGAAUCCAACACAGCUCCUAUCAGAAGCCGGCGCUGCGCCGCAGUGCGGUAAAGUACCACGCAGCAAAGAUAUUGUGCGUGUAUCACUGUGUGCGGUAUCCGUAUCAACGCUACGCCAUGCGGAUGCGGGUGGUUGUGUUCGCUCUCGGACGCAGCCUACUAAGGAAAAGAAGGCAUGAAUCUGCUCCCUGGGCAGUUAAAGCCAAGGCGCCUCUUCAUGCCGUCCCGGAUUGGAUGACGGCAGACGGUUCAGGAAAGCAGAAGUCCUAG